CUCCUUCCCUUUCCCUUUCCCUUUCCCUUUCCCUUCCUUCCAUUCACCAAGUCUUCCUUACUUAGCUACUUUCCAACAACAACCCUCAAUCUCACCACCCUUUCCUUUGCGAAGAAGCAACCUAUUCCCUUGGUCAGGGCCCCAGUACAAACACCAUCUACCUUAUCAUGUCCGCUGUCACCGCCAAAAUGCCCAUCGUCGGCAAACCAGCCGUUCCAGAGAAGAAACCCGUCAAGUUCUCCAACUUGCUUUUGGGUGCCAGUUUGAACUUGUUCGAGGUUACCACUUUGGGUCAACCGUUGGAGGUUACAAAGACUACCAUGGCUGCUAAUAGAGGGGAUACUUUUGCAGGUGCUCUGGGUAGAAUUUGGAGUAGAGGUGGUGUUCUUGGAUUCUACCAAGGACUCAUUCCAUGGGCAUGGAUCGAAGCUUCCACCAAAGGUGCCGUUCUUCUCUUCGUCGCCUCUGAAGCCGAAUGGUACGCUCGUUCUUUCGGUGCUGGUGAUUUCACCGCCGGUAUUAGUGGAGGUGUAAUUGGUGGUGUUGCUCAAGCAUAUGCUACCAUGGGAUUCUGCACCUGCAUGAAGACUGUCGAAAUCACCAAGACCAACAUGGCAAAAGCUGGUGUCAAGCCUGACGGUACCAUGACCACCUUCAUGAACAUCUACCGCAAAGAAGGUAUCAAGGGAAUCAACAAAGGAGUCAACGCCGUUGCUAUUCGUCAAAUGACCAAUUGGGGAAGUAGAUUCGGAUUGAGUCGAUUGGCAGAAAGUGGUAUUCGAAAGGUUACUGGCAAGGGCGAGAAUGGAAAGUUGAAUGCUUGGGAGAAGAUUUUGGCAAGUGGACUGGGUGGUGGAUUGAGUGCUUGGAAUCAACCUAUCGAAGUUAUUCGUGUCGAGAUGCAGAGUAAGACGGUGGAUCCUAACCGACCUGCCAAGAUGACAGUUGGCAAUACCCUCAAGUACAUUUAUAGUCAGAAUGGAGUUUCGGGCUUGUAUCGUGGCGUUGUUCCUAGAAUUGGGUUGGGCGUUUGGCAAACUAUUUGUAUGGUUGCUAUGGGUGAUAUGGCAAAAGCUUAUGUCGAGAAAUUGACGGGUGAAAAGGUCACCGCUAAGCAUUAAGGCGUUUUGGGGAUACCUUGCUUGCAUGCAUACACACAUAUCUGGCAUUGGUUUGGUUCUUCUGAUUCUUGCAUGGAAGCUUGCUACGAUCUUCUCAGAAUAAGAGUAGAGGAAAUGAGUUUAAUGAUCUGAUAUACGAUGAGUGCGAUUGCCACUGCAAUGCGAAUUAAUAGACUAUUUUCGGGUGGUAGAUGGAUGAUAUGAUGGCGAGUGUCUACAUGCGCAGACGAAGUUAAUUGAAAUAAGGGUUUUCAAUAUGCAUUUAUGUCUUUAUAUGUCUGUUGAUUGUAUUAAUGAUUGUUCUUGUCGUCGUGCUUGUGUUCUUUUAGCCUUUCGCCUCUUUGCAU